UUUCGCGCACAAUACUGAAUCUUUUCAGCUUGCCACCAAAAUCUAAUUGUGCACAAUACUAAUCGCAAAACUUCUCUCCGCCACCUUCUCUCUGCCGAACCUUCUCUCUGCAAUCGUUCUCUCCACCGAACCUUCUCUCUGCAAACCCUCUCUCCGCCGAAGCUUCUCUCCGCCAAAGCUUCUCUCCGCCGAACUAUCUCUCGCUAAAUUUCUGCCAAACCCUCACUCACGCCGUCAAACACAGCCACAUACUCUAAUCGCAGGCUCUGAGACAGUACCGGAGUUGAAGUCUUCACCGAAAUCUUCGAAGGUGAAAUAUGGCUUCUGUUGAUGAUGAAGGUGGUUCAUCUAGUAAGAAAACAGUUGGUAAACGAGGUGUGACCCGGUUGCAAAAAAUUCACAAAGCCAAAAGCAAUGGAAAGAGGAUUGAGGUUCAAUGGAAUGCAAGAGGUCAACCAAUCAAGCAUAAUAGCAAGAUGUUUGCUAGUUUCAUUGGUGUCACAGUUCGUCGGUUAGUUCCAAUAAGCUUGGACAAUUGGAGUGCGAAAAUAAAUAAAGAGGUUGUAGGGGUUUAUAAACAAAACAUUUGGGAUGAAAUUGAAAAAGCUUUUGUAAUUGGAGAGGAACAUCGUGCUUUUGUAUACAGAGAAGCUGGAAAGUUGCACAGGGCAUUUAGAACAAAAAUGGCAAGGUCAUAUCUAAGAGAUGGUAAGGGUGGUUUUGUUAAACAUCGCCCGGCCAAAUAUUCUUAUUGUAUAAAACAAGAGGAUUGGGAUAAAUUUGCAGCGCAACGUAUGUCUGAAAAGUUUCAGAAAGUUAGUAAGGAGAAUCGAGAAAGAGCGUUAAUUCCUCAACAUCCUUAUAGAAAGUCACGUUUAGGGUGUGCUCGUCUUGAAGCUGAUAUGAUAGAAGAGUCGGAAGUUGAUGAGAUAAGUCGUAGUCAAGUGUGGAAGGCUGCCCGCGUCAACAAGAACGGGGUGAUUGAUAAUGAGAAUGUUCAAAGAGUUGUGGAUCAAUGUGAGAAGUUAACAGAAGCUCUAACUGAAGAAGAGAGACAAGACCUUGGUCCUACAGAUAUAUUAUUUGAGGCUCUAAAUCUCCCAAACUACCCUGGGCGUGUUAGGAGUUAUGGUUUUGGGGUUUUGAGGCAACAAACCAUACCUGUGGAAGAAAGGCAGCAACCUCAACAAGUGUUAGAGAAGUUGCAACAAUCUGAAAAAGUGGCACAAAAGCAACAACCUGAAAAAGCGGCAGAAAGGCAACUACCUGAAAAAAUAGCAGAGAGUCAACAACCUAGUGAUAAAGGUUCUUGUAACCCUGGAUCAUUUGGCAACAUUCCUGGGGGUCUCUUUCCUGUUAAUAUAUAUUUAUCAUCCCCGGGUCGUUGUUUGGUUGCUCGUGGCAAACUAUAUAACACCAAAGGUAACACGGUGCACGACAUGACGUUACCACCUGGGUAUGUUAAGGUUAAUAUUGAAGUUGCUAUUGUGCCAAAUGCUUCAUUGCCUAUAUCUGUUGAUGGUGGAGAUGUAUCCCUGGUUGGUCAUGCAAUAGGAACAAUUGUGCCUUGACCAAUGAAACUUCUUGAAUUUGCUGCUGAAUGUAAAAAGAUUCCUGAUCAAUCCCAAAUCAAAGGUAAGAAUAUUCAACACAGUGUUGAAUAUUCAGUUUCAUCACCUAACAAAAGCAACAAAAGGUUCAAAAUUGAAGAGUCUCCUAGAGUUGGCGGUUCAACUGGUCUUGCA